UCCGACGAAUGAGCAGGGAGGAUACUGCAGCGCCAGAAUGACCUUUAUUGAAGUGUUUUCAGCGCCUUUAGCCGCUGUCUCAUCUGUGUGACACCCUGUGACACCCUGUCCCAGCAGCAGGCGGGGUGUUCAUUAUUGGUUUUAACCAGGUGGGAACCGACGGCUGCUCACCAUGGGGGGCAAUGGGAGUACGACAAGGAAAGUGUCAUUCGGACUGGACGAAGACGAGAAGGUCACAGUCAUUGACGGAGUAAAGCUUUCAGAUGAAGUGCUUCGGCGGAUGAGAGAGUCUCAGGGGUCUGACAGCGGAAAGCCACCCCCAGCAGAUAGUCAGAAACCAGCAGCAACUUCCAAACCGUCAGGACCCUCCACUACAGAAAUCCAGGAAGAAAUACGCAAAAACUUUGAGCGUCAGCAGGCCCUGGUGGAAGAACAGUUGGCCCAACUGGCCCAGAGGGAGAGAGAGACAGUGAGAACCACAGGCCUGGAUGAGCUGACCCCUGCCCUCAUCCUGGAGAAAGGAAAAGUCCAUGAAGAGCAAGGAAAGGCGAAAAUCCUGCCAGCAGAUUUGGAUUCCUGGUCUAAACAGUUGGAGAGGAAGGAGAAGGAACUGGCCAGCAUUUCCAGCUUCUAUAAAGAGCAACUAGCAACACUGGAGAAAAAGAACUUUGACAACUACGAGCAGACGACUGAACAGUUCAACCAGGCAGCUACUACAGCUGAGGCUCACAUCCGACCUCGGCAGACUGCAUCUGUGUGCACUGAGCUGCAGGUCAAGGUGCUGCAGUGCUACAGAGAAAAUCCACAGCAGACCCUGCUCUGCUCCAGCCUGGCCAAGCAGUACAUGGUCUGUGUCCAGCAAGCCAAGAAGAGCUCACUGACGAAUCACGGCUAAGAGACCCCAAAGAAAGCAGGAGGAGAAGUCAUGAAGAAGCAGAGAUGACAUAUCUGUGUUUUUCUCGCCUUUUUUUUGUCCUCCAAUUUAUCCACCGUUUUAUUUUUCCCACUAUCACUGAAUAACCCCCUCCUGUUUUCCCCUCACUGUCCUCCUUGUUUUUUUGAGUGUAUUAUCUUGACAUGCCACUCAGAGUUUAUGAUGUGUUGAUUUAUUGUCAAGUUGCGCUGGCACACCCCUGCCAUCACUGAAAUAAAUCCCAGUGAUCCGGUG